AUGGCUAAACGUCGUCUUGAAGAUGCAAUUGUUGCAUCUCGUGCAUUAACAGUUGGAAUAAAAUUAAUUGAUAAUUUUCGUAGUGCAACAAAUUUAUUUUCUCAUGAUGUUCAUUCACAUGGUGGUAUUUUUUCAUUACGUUUUUCUGAUGAAUUAGAUCAAGUCGCUGUGGGUUAUGGUGAUGGAUCUAUACGUUUAUUUUCAGUUACAAAUGGUAAAGAAAUAAAUGAAUAUUGUGCAAGUAGUUUACCACCUAUUGAACAUUUACGUCGUCUUUCAAUGGAUUUACCAAUAAUGUCAAUGAAAUGGCAUCCACUUGCAACAGAUCAUUUAUAUGCUGUAUGUGUUGAUGGAACUAUUCGACAAGUUGAUAAAAAAACAAAUGUAUUAAGUGUUAUUGCAUAUGAACCUGAUAAUGAAUUAACAUCAAUGGAUUUUUCAAUUGAUGGUAAAAAUUUUGCUACUGUUGGUAAAGAUGCACAUAUUCGUGUAUAUGAUAGUGAAAAAAAUAUUAUUGUUCAUAAAUAUCAUAAUCAACGUAUUGAUACACAAUUAGAACAAAUACGUAGCGAUGAUUUAUCAUGUACAACUGGACAUUAUUAUCGAGCAUUUGCAUGUAAAUUUCAUCCAGAACAUAAAAAUAUUUUAUUAACAGCUGGUUGGGAUAAUGUUGUUAAAUUAUGGGAUAUACGGCAAAAAGAUGCUAUGACAGAAGAAAUAGCUGGACCACAUAUUUGUGGUGAAGGAAUUGAUGCACGUGGAAAUGAUAUAUUAACAGCAUCAUGGACAUGUGCAAAUUCACUUCAAAUAUGGGAUUUUCGAACAAUGAAUCUUAUAAAAACAUUGAAAGUACCAAAUGCUGAUAAUGAACAUGGUGAAUUUAUGUAUGCAGGUCAAUUAUGUGAUAAUAAAACUGUAUUAGCUGUUGGUAGUGGUACAAGUGCUUGUCAUGUUAUUAACUGGGAAACAAAUCAGGAAAUAGCUCGUUUACCAUUAUCAAAACCAAUCUAUGCACUUGAUUCAAUGUUAGGUGGACGAGUUUUUGCUUAUGGUGGUUUGGAUAAAUUUUGUUUGGCACAUAUGAAAGACAAUUAA